UUUAGAGUUCAAAUAGACCAAAUCCUGGAAGAGUUGCAAUGCUAAGAAGGAAGACAACUUCGUGUCUACUUGAGCGAAUUAUUCAUUAUUAUAAUACCCGGUUUUCUCUAUAGUGGCUUGUGAAUUUUCCCUAAGUCUAAGGUAAUAUAAAACGUGCGACUCCUUAAAAUUUUAGACCAAAAUAAUGGUGAAUCAUAUGUCGUGUUAAGAAUAAUACAUUUUCUCCAGGCCCUACUCGCCUCUUCACGUUUUGGAUAUCAAUAUGAUCUGGAUGUUCAAACAGUACCGAUGCUGAUAUUAGUACUGAAACUGACAGUGACAGUGUCACACUCACACUGACAGUUUAGGCUUAGGUUAUUAGUAGUGACAGUGGACAGUCAUCAGUAUCAUCAGUGACUUAACUAAUAAAACUAAAUGACGAAAACAAUCCGGAAUCCGUUUGGCCUACGGCCUAGACUACCAUGAACAAUACUUUUUUCCCCACCCAGCCACAGCUCCAUUUAAUAGGGUUGGGGGGGGGGGGGGGGGUCCGGUUCCUGCUCAAAUCUCUAUUCAAAGUCUGCUGAUACUUGAGUUAGAGUUUUAACUAAGCUAUCUCUCUGUCUCUAUGUUAAUAUUAAUAUGAAAGACUGGUAAAUCUGUCAGUUCUUUACUUACGGUUUAUCAGUUUAUGCUUAGGGUAGAGUAGGUUUUUUGAAAAUCGUUUAGCGCAGUUGAAAAGUGACGGAAAAACAUUUUUGAUUUGUGACGAUUUUACAAUCGGCUCUGUGGGGUACUAGGAUUUUUGCUUUCUAUCUCUACGUCACAGUUAUCUAAUGAUACAUCAAUACAUAAUGUACAUGAUAAAUUAAUUUUUUCAUUGUUUAUCAUGUAAAAUUAAAAUAUUUGUCUUACUGUGUGAUGCUCAUAUUCUUACAAUAACCCCCAUUUUUGUUUGUUUGUUGCUUUGACCAUCGUAAGUGAAGUUCCUUAUUUUAGCACAAUUACUUUGACUGUAUUAAAGUAAAGUCUUAAUAUUACCUGAUGGAACGAAACUAAAACAUCUCAAUGGUUACAACACAGCUACAACAUGGAUUUAUUAUAAAUUUAUUGUUUUCUAAUUAGUUUGACAUUAUUUUCGUUGGUUUAAAAGUUUAACUCUUUCGCUGCGGAACAACGCACACUGGAGAAAAAUGCACAUCCGCCGUUCUCAAAAGCAUGGUCCAACGCGCAGUGCGUUGUUUCAAUAUCAUGUUUGUUUCUUUGCUAUUUCUCUGUUAAACUUUUUAAGAGCUAUUUUUAAAUAAGACUUUUGUAUAGAAGAGUGGUACUUCAUUGUUUAUAAGCGAAACCAAUGUUCAUUCAUUGUCAUUUGAAGCAUUAUUUUAAUGAUUUUUAAGCUAUUUUUUUUUUACUGUUGCUAUUGCUAUUCUGGGCCCUUUUAGGUGAGUAAGUUUCCUAUACAGUUAACAGCUCAAAAAGCUUUGGAAUUGUUUUAUACUAUUUUUUUUGAUAGUGAAGGUGAUUUAUAUUUAGAUCCAUCGGAUGAUUCCGAUAGUAGUAGUUUUAGAGGAUUUUAGUUAUAGAAGUGAAGAUGAGGUAUGCGUACAUUAUGGGAUUUGGGAAAAAUUGGUUUAUCUUAUAAUGAUUUCACAUUUUAUGGUUCUUUUCUGUAACUUAUUUUAUUUAAACUGAUUAAAUAAAUUUACAAACAUAUAAUCCUUUCAAUUAUCUUUCAUUUGAUACCAAGUUUAGUCUUAUAAACCAAAAAAUAAUAUUUUUUAAUAAAUCCAAUCUCUCACUCUAUUUUGCUCUUCGAAAAAUAAUGUACAUUUUUUUAAUUUAAAAAAUUCAGCAGCGAAAGAGUUAAAUGGAUUUUUAAUGUAAUAUAAAAAGUGUAAUAAAAAUUAGUUGAUUGAUAAGAUUGUUUAUUGUAUAUCCAAAUCAAGUGUGACCUGAUUUUUUUAACUUUUUGCCAGUCUCAAGCCAAAAGCAAUAUUCCUACAGUAAAAGUAAGGUGAAAAAUAGACAAUUAAGUCAGACUCAGAGGCGUCAGCUUACAGUGAGGUUAUACUUUGAUUUAAAUUUACUGAUUAAUUGAUGAUGGGAAGGGCACAUAUAUUCGGUGGCAUUAUAAUACAACCAUCGACUAAAGAUUGUCAAUUAAUAUACAAAGUUAAUACAUCAUUGACAUUGUAUGACCAACUGUAAGCUAAGGCCUCCACGUGUGACUUUUGUGUUUAUAUUUUUUUUACUUAUUGUAUGAAUAUUGCUUUUUGCCUGAGACUUGGAAAAAGUGAAUAGACAAUAAACUUAUAGAUUGACAGUUUUUUUAGUACAUUUUUUUAUAUUAAAGAUCCCUUAAAUCCAGCAAAAUACAUGAAAAAUCUAAUUUGAAAAAUAAAUACUUGCUCAAUUAACCAUUGAAGUGUUUUAAUUUAGUUCUUUCAGGUAAGUUGUGAUUUUUUUAAUUUAUUGCACUAAAAGAUGGGAUUACCUCAAUUAAUAUUUCUAUAUCUGUUUUAACAUUUUCCUUUUUAACAAAAAUUUCUUUGCAGUGAAGUGACACUGCCCAGAUUUCAAUCACAAUGAGCAGCUCUGAGGAAGUCUCGUGGAUCUCAUGGUUCUGUGGCUUAAGGGGAAAUGAGUUUUUUUGUGAGGUACCUAUUAAUAUUAUAGAUGUAACAUAUGUAUUCUUUUUUUUAUAAUUUUUUUUUUUUUUAUAAAGGCAAAGAAGUACAGUGCUAGACUGCAUCAGUAACUCACCAACUUGAUUUAUGAAUAUUAGUUUGUUAAAGCCCAAACCAUAAAUAAUGUCAAGGCACUAGCAUUAAAUUUGUUUUGGAUUAAAUGAACAGCUUUUAUCCCUUGUCUGGGUUGUCCUACUGAAACCCAUUGAAAACAAUCAAUUACUCAUGUUCAGUUCAAACAUAAAUUUGUCAUCAGUGUUCGGCUUUAGACACCAGCCCCGCCUCAUUCUACUGAUUGAUGGAAUAAGGUUAAGGGUGUUUAUAAUGAAUAACUAUUGUGGUUAGCUAAAUUAAAGCUGUGUGAACUUAAUCACCAUAGCAGACGGAUCUUAAAGUCCCCAGUGCUGUAUUUGUAUUUUUAAAAUCAUUUUUAAAACUAAAUGUUUUGCUUUAAAAGUUUAAACAACAGUGUUGUAAGUUGUAAUGUCUGCUAAAUAGGUUGAUGAAGAUUACAUACAAGAUAAAUUUAAUCUAACUGGUCUGAAUGAACAAGUACCCCACUAUAGACAAGCUCUGGACAUGAUCUUGGAUUUAGAACCAGGUAGGAAAUGUUUUCAUUUCGUUUUAAAAUGUCUGUUAAUAAGAUAUUAUCUUUCCAUUGCUUAUUGUCCAGAAUGAUGUGUUUAUUUCUUUUAUGAAAGAAAUUUAAUUGCAACACUGAAUAGGUUUUAAUUGGUUGAUCACUUUUCGAAAGUGUUAAAAUGUUGUCUUCAAUAUUACCUUAGAGGAGGAUGAAGAUAAUGUCGAAGGGGACAUGGUAGAGCAGGCAGCCGAAAUGGUGUAUGGUCUUAUACACAUGAGGUUCAUUCUAACUAACAACGGACUUGUCAAGAUGGUAGUACCUUGUUACAAGAUUUAUUUUUUCCAACCGUUCUGUUCGUGUCUUCUUGAGUUCAGGUCAUUUAAAAAAAAAUUAUUGCCACGUUUUGAUUUGUGGUUUUCUUUUUGUUCCCCUUAUUAUUUAAGUUAUAGUUUGUGAGUAAAUAUACUAUACAUAGGGGUCUGACCUAAUUAAGGAGUUAUUUUGAUACCUUACAGCAUAAAUUUCAAUCGAACAAUAUUCUAGAUAAUUUUAAAAAAAAAUCACAAAGCCCCAUGUGCCUGACAUGUUUUUUCAUUUAAGUUUUUACUGAAUGCCAAAAAAAAUAAUUUUAAGAUUAAAGCAGAUUAAGCUACGGUAAAGAAAAAUAGGGAAGAAAGUAAAGAUUUCUACAUAAUUUGUGUUAUUGCAAAUGUUGAGAGGGUUGAUAAGGGAUGCCCAAACACAAAAACUGAGUUUUAACCCAAGUUAACAAAGCUGGCGUUAUGUCACUUCAUUUUUUUUAUUUUAGUGUCCAGCAAUUUACUUGUGUUUAAUAAUAUACUAAAAGGGUCACUCAAAUUAAAAAGAAUAUGGAAGGAAAAGAUAUCAAAUUUGAAUUUUUUAAAAAUACAUAUUUCAUUUAAGGAAUGAAGAGUUAAUUUUCUAAACAAAAAAGAUGCAAAGUAUUUUUUCCACCUCAAACUUUUGUGUUAAAUAACUCAUGACAAGUUAGCUACAAUGUUGAUUUGGUUUUGAACUUUUCAUUAAAAUACCAAUGAACAGAUAAAGAUUUAUUGCAUUCCAUCUAAUAAACAAUAUUGUAUCUAAUGUUUGGCUUUUCAGAUCUUGAAGAAUAUACAGCUGUUGUUGUUAUUUUGUAUUUGAGUUGUUGUUUUUCCAACCAUUGGCUGCAUCAUUGCUGAGAGAUGAUUAUUUUGUAAAUUCCAGUCUUAAAAUAAAUUAUCUGAAUAAGAUUCUUGUGCAUGAUAAAAUCAAAACUUCUGUCACAAACAGUUUGCUAUAAUGAGCCAUUGUGUUAUUUAGAUGAUGAGCUGGAAGAAAACCCUAAUCAAAGUGAUUUAAUAGAGCAAGCUGCAGAAAUGUUGUAUGGGCUCAUUCAUGCUCGCUAUAUCAUGACCAACAGAGGGAUUGCUCAGAUGGUAAGGCGGGUUAGGGGAAAUGUAGCUAAAUAAAUAAUAAUUGCAAGAAAUCUUGUGGUCUGGCUAUAUCUAUUUGUAUUGAAAUUAUUUCUAUGACGUUUUAAAAUUGUGACUAUUGCAGUAUAUUAGGUAUCAAUUCGUUAAAAGAAAAGACAUCUGUGUUACUCUUUGGCCUAGUAACAGCCAUUAAAGUGUGUAAAAUUCAAUGCUAAAUGCAACCAUUUGGUUUGAUUUCUAUUGUUCUGAUUUUUUAGUUUUUUGAAAAUUUGUAGUUGUACCUUUUGAUAUUUUUCAUCAAAUAAAACUCUUAGUUUUAAGAAUUAAGAUUUAAAGUAUUUAUUGUUUUCUAAAAUUAUUUCCCUUCCCGAUUGCUGAGGUCAUAAACUUAAUAUUAUAGAUUGGAUUACUAUGGAGCUUAGCUAAUCUCAUGCCAGAAUUAAGCUCACAGUUUUAUUAGCAAUAGCCCUUAACUUUUUGGUAUUUACAUUGAGAUACAAUGUUUUACCAGUUAUCAUUCAUUAUGAAAUUUUAUAAAUGCAAGUCUUGCUGUUACCAUUGUUAUUUAAUAUUAAAAAAUAGCAUUUAGAAUAUUUUCUUUUAGUAUUGACAUUGUUUUAUUUAGACCUCUAUAUAUAAUAUAUAUGACAUUAUAAUAUUUAUAUAUAUUAGGGCAUCGGUUUUCCAAACUAAUUGGUACCAGGGUUUUUUAAAAUGAUUUUAUCUGAUACCUGCACACUCCCACAGAAAGGUUAUCUUUAAGCUUAUUAGGGUUAUUCAUGUACAAAAAACCAAAAAAAAAACUGACAACAGGAUUUUUUCUGGGUAAAGAGGUCUUUUCCAGAAAUAGAUACUGAGUGCUUAGGGUAAAAUCAGAGUUCACUUUGUCUUGGCAGCUGUGUAUUCUGCAAUAUAAAUAGACCGCCUUAUCCAACUCUUGUCACUGCGUGUACAAUAGUUUUCUAGGUUUUAUCAGGGUUAUUCAACAGAUGUCAAUUUUUUUUUUCCGGUCUUAUGUCAAUGUGUUAUAUACACAUUAGUAUACAAAGACAGGGGGCUGUCUGGAUAACCAGUGUUCAGAAAAUUGAUGCUCUGCUGUAUUGUGUAGGAACACAAAUCAUUUCAUACGUUUCAAAUCUCAGAUAGAGAAAUGGCAGCAGGGAGAUUUUGGCUACUGUCCAAGGGUGUACUGUGAGAACCAACCCAUGCUGCCUAUUGGUGAGUACAACUGCUGUCAUGGCUGAUUUUUUUAUAACCCUAAAUACUCAGUGGUUGACUAUGAAUUCCACACAUAUUAGUAUUGGUUCAUUUAUAGAUAUUCAAGAGAAAGUUACUGCUUUGUUCAUGUCUUUCUAUUUAAAACUCUUAUUAAGUUUAGUUAUUUUCAAUUCCUCAUUACAAGUUUGCUAAAAUAUCAAGUUAAUAUCAAAUUUUUUCUAGUAUUAGUCUAUCCCAGAUUAAAUAAUGUAAUAUCUUAUAGUCAUCAGAUGGUAGCUGCUGUCUAUCCCAGAUUACCAGUAAUUAAUGUAAUACUAUAUAGCUAUAGCCAUCAGCUGAUAUCUGUUACUACUACUGGUUUUGUUUAUCAUAGAUAUUGUCGAGUAUGGGAGUUCAGUAAUAAGUGUUGCGACUGAAUAUUUUUUUUCAAUACGCACGGUGUGGGUUUUAUUAGUUGGUGAACGCUCUUCCAGUGCUCGACUUGGUGAUGUAUUUUUAUGCUCAUUAUCAAGUAUAGUCUAGUCUGUUUUGUGACGUACGUUUUAAUUUUCUGGCAGUUGUGAAAGGAACUUUGUGGAAGUAGAAUGUGUUUUUCUUCCUCUGUCUGAUAGCAAGCUGCACUAUAUGCAUGUGUUUAUGGAAUUUACAGCCUCUGUAUAUAGUUAGGUAUUAAAGUUACAUUUAUUGUUAUAAAGAACUCGAGUUGAUUCAAUAUUAGUACACCGAUUACAACGUAAGAAAGAACUUGAUGGAUUAACCAAUCUAGUAAAAACGAGGAGUUGACACUUGAUUAUAUCUGGGUUGUUGUGACCAAAACCAGGAAGUAGGAUUUUUAAUAAUAUCAUUCUUAAGUGUAAACAAUUCACUAGUAUCCUGUUAUUUAUUUUGUCAUGCAUUAUUUUAAAUAUAAUUUUACAACCCCUUAUACAAAAUGAACCCUAUAUUGAAAUGUAUGCCUCCAUUCAUACAAAAAACUAUUAUAAUAAUUUGUGUGAUAUAAAAUAAAACUCUCAUAAAUUGUUCAGCAGAGGCUAAUUGAAGUUACUGCCAAAGGUCUAAAAUUGGAAUAUUGUCAUUUCUUGCUCUGAUGUUUUCAUUUUCAUGAUUUCAACUAAAUGACAAUAAAUGACAAUACAUUUUUUUAAAAAUAAAUCAUGUUGAGUGUUAAGAAUUAAAGGAGAUAAAAGUUUUAAACUAGUGUUUGUACAAGUGUUACAAGAUUUUAAGAAUUCAUCAACACAUGUUUUUUUAAUAUAAAUUGGAAAUAGAUAUGGUUAAAGAAAAGACUAAGUAGUCGUUACUGUUGAAUUAAUUUGAAAAGGCUACAUUCAUUUCAAGUUUUAUUUGUCCCAUAAAGCUGCAGAUUUGAGUUCAGUGAGCUACUUGUUGAGACAUUAGAUGUGGACAUCUAAGUAAAUGGUCACAUCUUGUAUUAAAUUUCAUUUGACAUCCUUGCUAUGUACAAUUCUGAUGGGAAAGGAAAAUCUCAAAGUCAUUGGUUGAUUAUUUCUUCAGGUCUGUCAGAUGUCCCAGGUGAAGCCAUGGUGAAGCUGUACUGUCCGAAAUGCCAGGAUGCUUACACACCAAAGUCAUCUCGUCACCAUCACACGGAUGGGGCAUACUUUGGCACUGGGUUCCCUCACAUGCUCUUCAUGGUACAUCCCGAGUACAGACCUAAGAGACCAGCUAAUCAAUUUGUGCCAAGGUAUGCAAAAAAAAAGAGAGAAGAAUUGCAUCAUCAUAUUCCAUAAUCACUUACAUUACAUAAGCUUUUUUUCUUUUUUAAAAUCGAUUUCUUUCUUUGGUUCAGUUAUAUUGUAUGUGAAGAGCAUUCUCAUGGAAUGUUGAUUUAUUUGAUUCUGAGAAUAAUGAAGAAUCUCUUGUAAAAAUCGUUAAUUAAUUUUUGGUCGGACAUUUAAUCCAAAAGGAUUUGCUUUUAAAUACAGGUUUAGGUUUAUCCUAGACUAACAAUGUUUAAAAAAGUUUUAAACCUUUUUACUAUCCCAGUUGUCAUGACUAUGUUAAUAUUUAUGAACAUUUAACUCAACCCUGCUCUGUGCUUGAUACUGAAUAACGCAUGAACUGUAUCCUCUUCCUAGGCUGUAUGGGUUCAAGAUUCACCCCUUGGCAUAUCAACUGCAGUACCAGGCUGCCUCCAACUUCAAGAUGCCCAUGCGUGGCACAGGACACCCAAACAGCAAACGAUAAGACUGAACGAGGACCUAUAUCAUUAUGAUCUUCAAAUUUUAAUUUUCUGUUGACCUUACAUGUUGGUUAUUUAUAUAAAUAUAAUGGAUAACAUCAAUAUGGUUUUUUAUAUAACACAAACUUAGGCACCUGAUUACACAAUAAAUUAGUUUUUAGCAAGUAUCAAAACAUUUCUGUUUGAAAGUUUGAAUGAUUGGUGUAAGUAUUACAAGAGAUCAACCAGUUGAAACAAAGAGUGUAAGGUUUUAAUUGUGCUGACUUGAAGGCAACUAACUUCCAUUGUCUGCUUGAGAAAUCUAGCAUUACAUCUUGUAGGUCUUUACUUUUGUUUUAGAUUGGAUAAAUGAAGUGCAAUUCCACCGGGUCAUUUUUCCAUUUUAAGUAAUUAUUUCAUCCGAUACACUUCUUUGUUGGUAUUUAAGUAUUAGUUUGUAGUAACUUUUUGUUUAAUUGGUCUAAGACACUGAUGUCUGUUCAAUUAUUGAGUUCUUCUUUUAUCUAUUUACCUUGAACCUUUAUUUUCUCACUUAGCUUAUUUCUUGAUUGUAUGAAGCAAGAGUAUGGCAAACUUACGGCAUGUGGGCCCUCUGUGUUCAUUUUGGAAGUUCCUCCAACUUGAAAUAGAUUUUACAAAUUUUAAUUCUUCAAACAUGUGCUACAUUGGGGCAGAAUGUGGCCUCUUCUUGUUUUUCAUUCAUGCAUUACUUGAAUUUUCUUCUUGGCUAUGAAACAUAUAUGGACCAUAACAAAGUUUGCCAACCUUGGAUCUGAGGUACCAUGUUAUCUUUCAAACAUGAGUUAGUUUACAAGUCAUCUAGUGUGUGUAUGUCUUUUGAUGGUUGUGAGACACAACUGAAUUGGAUGUUUUUUUGAGCUGACUCCGAGAUGGCGAUAAGAAAUAUUAGUCAACAGUUUAGAAAAAAAAAAUUAUCAUAAUAAAAGAAGUGGCUCUCCUGUCUAUCACAAAAAUUUGUUUGUUGUUGAGGCAGGAGCAAUAUACUGGUAGAAAAAACUGAUAUUAUAUCUUGUAAUUCAUUUUUUUCCCUUGAUUAAUAAAAUUAAUUUGUUACAGUAAUUUUUUUAUUUUUUUUUUAUUUUCCUCUGCACAUUGUGAAGGUAUGACAAACAAAAGAUUUGAUUUGGAGGCAAAAACCUUAUUGAAACAACUUGAGUUGUCAAUGUUCACAAACACCUUAUUGAAACAACUUGAGUUGACAAUGUUCACAAACACCUUAUUGGAACAAAGGAUUUGUCAGUAUUCACAAACACCUUAAUGAAACAACUGAGCUAUGAGCCAGUUCAUUAUAGAAUCGCUUUUGCAUGUAAAAAUGCUGUGAUUUCUGAUCUGAAACUACAAUCUGAUCUUCCAACAUCUCAGCAGCCGUCUUGACACAAUAGGGGCAGGUGUCUUUGGCAGGAGCACGAAGCACGUGUGGGUCGCAAUCGCCACACCUAAAAAAAAAAAGGCGGGGUAUUCUAUACAUUGCUAAGUCGCUCUUCGGCAUUGUAUAGAAUGCCUAUGAAAUAUGUGAAAUAAAAACCAUUUCAUACUUUGUCUACAAACUUCAGGCAUUCUAUACCAUUCCUUGGCAUUCUAUACAAUACCUGAAUUUUACACAUUGCCGGUAACCUACAAUAAUU